ACUAACCGAUUUUAUUAGCAUGUCUAAGGAAAUCUUCCUUCGGUAAUAUCAGAUCAGAUAAUUACACAUAAGUGAAAAAAGUUUGAAGGAGUUGGUACCAAGAAAAUUUUUGUGAUGUACUGUGCAGGUUUGAGUUUUUUGAGUGUCUGUUUUUUGUUGAUCGAUGGGUUUGUUUCUGUGCCUACAACUACGGUUACAUCUAUCGCAACAACUGAUUCAACAGCCCUCAAAACUGUUCCAAAAUCGAGGUACGAAAGAGGAUUAGAAGAUUACGAUGAAGUUAUAAACAGACAAAGAAGGGGAAUGAUGGAAGAAAUUCACUAUGACGAUCAUCAUGAUGAACAUGAGAAAGAACAAAAGGCUAUACAGGGUGACCCAUGGGCCGGUUACUACGAUUUUCUCAUCAACGAAGGCUCAUUCAAAUUCUGGGCAGUUUUCCAGCUCGUUACCGCUCUCAUUUUGGUCUACGCCAGCUUUGCCGCAGUCUAUUAUGCAAAAUUCAAUGUGAUAGCACCAGAUUACAACGACGAUUAUGAUUUACUUGGAAGAUCUUAUGAACAGCCUUCAACCUCUUCGCUCUGGUCUGGACUGUCCGUUCAAACUUUCCAAAGAAUAUUGGAUGCCAUCUCUUCGAAAAAAUACUCAUAGACGAAUAAAAUUUUUCACAACAA